AUGAAGAAGAGUCGCUGCCACAACUCUCCAUCUGGCCACUCAGUCAGUCUUAAAAUAAACUCCGGUCCGGUCGUAAUUAAAAAUUUUGGAAAUUGUAUUAUCAAUUAUCAAUUAUCACCUGUAUUAUUUUUCUUACCUUCGCUCGCUCUCUGCAAAAGUUGUCCGCUGCUGCUCGUGUGUUGUUUUACUGUUGGAUUGAAGUUUAAAAGCCGAAUUUCUCCAACCCAGAGACCUCUUCUGAAGCCUCUCAGCAGCAAUUCGAAUCCUCUCUACUCGAAUACAACGAUUAUUCCUAAAGUGGGCUUGCAUUUCUCGAAUAGUAGCUUUCGAUUUAUCGUGAAGAUCAAUUGAAUUAAUCGAGU